AUUUAACAAGUUUAAUUAAAAUAUUACAAUUCCAAAGAGAUUCAUUAACAGAAAGAAGUAGAACUUUAAUGAAAGAAAACGAAGAUUUAAAAGGAGAAAGAGCAUUAUUAACACAGAAUAAUCAAAAUUUAUAUCAAAGUAAUCAAACUUUAAGAAACAAAGUACACUCCCCUACAAAAAAUUUCCAGACACUUGCAGAUCAUCAAAAUAUGUG